CUCCAGUUGGAGACCAACUCAGCGGCUUAUGAAUCAAGCUGAUAGUAACUCAAUUUAGUGCCUUGUUUAGGAAGUCUGCUUUUUGCGAUGCACAUACUUAUACCCAUGCCCAAGCUCGUUCAAGCAGAGCUAGACAUGGCUGCUCAGUGUGAAUCAACAACGGACCAUGAAAGAACAGUGCGCUGAGGACCAGCGUCCCCAAGAUGUCGAUCGUCAGGGUCGACAGCGCCCGCGCAUCUUACCUAACCUGGUCGUUGAGUUUGGAUUCUGCGUGGCUCUGAUGCUAUCCCAGAUCAUGUCGGAAUUCUUCAUCUCCGGAUUCAACGUCCUCAUCCCAUCUGUCUCCCAAAGCCUGAACAUCCCCGCCGCAUCCACCGGCUGGCCCUCCAGCGCCUUCGCCCUCACAGCCGGCAGCUCCCUCCUCCUCUUCGGCCAACUAGCCGACAAAUACGGCGGCUUCGUGGUCUUCACCUCCGGCCUAACAUGGCACCUCGUUUGGACCUUAAUCGCCGGGUUCUCCCAGAACGAAAUCAUGCUCAACUUCUGUCGUGCUCUACAAGGCUUCGGCCCGGCUGCCAUCCUCUCCGCAGGCAUCAUGCUACUGGGUUCGAUUUAUUCUCCAGGUCCCCGCAAGAACAUCGUCUUCAGCAUCUACGGCGGCUGCGCCCCGAUAGGCUUCUCCGCAGGUAUUCUCGUCUCCGGGAUCGCGGACCAACUCCUGAACUGGCGCUGGUACUUCUGGAUCGGCGCCAUCCUGAUCCUAAUCACCCUCGUAUCGGCCCUCAUCUUCAUCCCGGCUCCGAUCCGCACCCAACGACCCAACCCAACCCUCAAAAUCGACUACCUCGGCGCCACCCUCUUCAUCUCCAGCCUUAUCCUAAUUUUCUUCGCCGUCAACGACUGCGGCCACGCCCCUAACGGCUGGCGCACUCCAUACAUCCCCGUGACCCUGGUGAUCGGCUGCAUCCUCCUCGCCGGGGCAAUCUACACCGAACACCGCCUCACCUCCUCCUCCACAGACGACAGCAAAACCACAACCACAGCACAAACCCCAACCCCAAUCCUCCCCCUCACCCUCUUCCGCGUCCCUCACCUCCCCGCCCUCCUAAUCGCCCUCUUCCUCUUCUACGGCACCUUCGGCAUCUGGCUCCUCUACACAGUCACCUACAUGCAAAACAUCCUGCACAUCUCCCCCCUAAUGGUGGUAGUCUGGUACCUCCCCUUCGCGCUAGGCGGUAUCGUCCUCAGCUUCGUCGGCGGGACGAUCCUCCACAUCGUCCCGGGUACUAUCCUUCUGAUACUCUCGGGCUUAGGAUGGGUCAUGGCCCCGCUUCUGUUCGCCAUCCUUCCCAAGGAAGGGGUGAGUUACUGGGCGUAUAUCUUCCCCGCGAUGAUUUGUGGGACCGUGGGCGUUGAUAUCACGUAUAAUAUCACUAAUGUGUUUCUUACUACUACGUUGCCUGAGCAGCAGCAGGGGUUGGCGGCUGCGGUGGCGAAUAGUGUGUUGUUCCUGGGUGUGAGUUUCUUUGUUGGUUGGGGGGAUUUUGUUGCUGAGAUGGUGGAUGGUCAGAGGAAGGGGUAUAAGGCGGCUUUUUGGUUGGGGGUCGCGUGUGCAGGCGUGGCGUUGGCGGUGUUGGUGGGGUGGGUGAAGAUUGAGGCUGCGAGGGGGGAGGAUGGGAAGGAAGAGGAGGGCGGUGGGUGA